ACAGAAAUCUGCAGCGCGUUUAAUUUUCCUUUAUUUCGUUUUCAAACAUUUUCCGAUGAAAUUUGUAUCACGUUUAAUACAAAUACAAAUACGUUAUACGUAUUUCGUUGUAUAGAAAUGUGAAAGGGGCACGUAUAAAUGUAAAGUGCAGAAAUGGACUGCGUGUCGGGCGGGUGUAGGUGUUCUGUGGUCGCACACACCGCACACACCGCACACACAGCACAGACAGACAGACAGACAAACAGUUUCCUGCAUUGCCUCCUCGUUCAGUCUGUGAUGAAAAAAUCGAGAAUGACGGACCAGCCGAAAACGCGUAAGAGAACGAGACGCGGUAAAAAGCGGCGAUUUCCCUUCACCGCCAACCUAAAUCUAAACCUGAACGUGAACAUUCCCGAGGCGCCUCACAAUGACAAUCAGUUUCUGAUCGAGGACCACAACGACAUCAUCGACAUCAACCUGAGCGACGAGAGUUUCCUGCGAAGAGACUUCGACGAUCAGUACGAGAAUGUGUUGACGGAAAGGUUGAAUUGCAUGUCGAAGCAGGAGUUGGUGGAGGAAUGUUUGCGAUUGGAACAAACGGUCAAUCAACAGGGACGCAAGAUCAAAGGGCUGAAGAAGGAGAACGAAGUGCUGAAGAUGCGCAUGGAGGAGAUGAAGAACAGCAGCAGCACGAGCAGGAGCAGGAGCAACAGCAGCAGCAGCAGCAGCAGUAGCAGCAGCAGCAGCGCCAGUGCCAGUUCUAGUGACGAACAGACUGAGGAACAAGUGUUGAGUGAUGAGAAAAAAGUGAUAAGUGAACAAGAGACAAUGUCGAUUGAUGAACAAAAAAAAUGCGCGAUAGAAGAGGAAAAAGUGCCGAUCGAAGAGACCAAAGUGAUUGACGAACCAAUUCAAUUAACCAAUGACAAUUGUGUUAAAGAAACUUGAAAACUUUACGUUUUUUGUGACAUUCCUCUUUUUAUUUGAAUCGUGUAUCAUUCUAGUUUUUGUUUGUCUCGAUUAUAAUUAUAAUUUAUUUACACACAGAUUUAAUGGAAUUAGUUUUGUAAUUUAUAAAAGUAAAAAAGACUGCUUUAUUUUUAUUGACGAUAUUUUGUAAAAAAAAAACAAGUAAAAUUUUUAUUGUUUGUUUAAUAAAUGCGAAAAUAAUAAAACAUGCACGUUUUUUAAAAA